AUGAAGCCUGGAGCCAGCGCCAAGCCCAGGAUGUCGACACUGAUGUGUUGUUCCGCGGCAGCGGCAGUUCUGCUGCUGUUCCUGGUCUGGGUGUCAAGCGACCAGCUCCUACAUCUACGGAAUCGGCCUCUCCUCCCUCGCGUCGACUGCAAACCGGAGCCACCAGUCUCGCUUAAUCAAAACCAGGUUAGCCUACCCACUCAUGACCAGGACACCCAAACCCAGGUUAACCAGAACCGGGUUACGGAGAACCUGCCCGCGCCGGUGGCCGACUCUUGCCCCGUUCCCUGUGACGUCCUCCAGUUGGCAAACCUGACGACGCUCGCUGACGUCAGCAAAGUCAACUGCAACGUCGAGUAUUUGACGCCGUGGGACGUGGGGCGCUUUCUGGGCGCUCGGAAGAACCAGGCGUGGCUGCAUUUCACGGGAGACUCGAUGAUACGCCGGCAAUGGCAGAGCAUUGCGGCGGAUCUGGGGGUCGAGAUCGAUACGGAGCCUUUGUGGGCUGUCUGUUGCAAAGACGGGAAGGAGUGUAAAACGUGGGAGUACAAGGAUAUCAACUGGGAGGCGAAACGGGUCGCGGGGCUCGUGACGGGCGCACUGCGCGACGAGGGGUUCGAGUUCUGCGUGACGUAUACCCCGGUGCAGUUUAUCAGUCAGGUCGUGGAGAAUUUCGACACGCUGUUCCAAGCGGAUAUGGUGCAACCGUUUGCAGUCGUAAUGAAUAUGGGCUUGCACCACAUAUACCACGGGCAGGGGCAGCUGGCAUACCGGGCCGAUUUGGAGGCGCUCACCGCGCGGUUGCGGAAAGUGCGGGAAGUGCAGAGGGGGUCGGACGGGGUCACGAAGACGAUGUUUAUUUACCAUACGUUGACCGCUUAUAGCGAGGAGUUGUUUGGGUUUAUCGACCCGCUUCGCCGAAACGAACGGACGGAGCUUUUUGUUCGUCAGCAGGAGGAGCACUUCCGGGCGACCGGGGGAUCCCUCUACCGAGUGCUCGACUCACACCGGCUGACCAAGUAUUUGGAUAAGCGCCAUUUCUGGCACCAAUUAACGUUCGGGGACGGCAUUCACCCCGGGUUGCCUUACUACCAGAUUGCUUCGUUAUUGGACUACAACUUCGUCGUCAAAGGGGUCAUAAGCUUCUGCACAAACGCGGACGAUUUGGAGUAUAAGCCGCUAGCCCUGCAUGCCAACAGUGGUCGGAUGUUAGAUAAGGAGGCGGAAGGGGACGAAGUGGAAAACCUCAAAGCGAUGCGGCGUGUUCACGGAUGGGGGUCGUUCAGCCCUUUCGAACACAUUGACAGGCGAAAAUCGCCGGAUUUCGUGUUGUUGCCAACGGGGUCAGCUGUCGACCAUGCUGAACUCCAGACCGAGACGACGCCGUUGUCUUGUGGUGCGAAGCGGUUCGGCAGCGUCUAA